GCACCCUGGCAGGGGCCGAUGGUAGCCGCCAGGCCAGCGCUUUGGAGCUCAAGAUUGCAAAGAAGCAGGGGGAAGUCUUCGGUUCGGCCGUGAAGCGCACUACCGCGCCGGCACAAUCCAAGAAGGCUAAGGUCUGCAUCGUCUAUUACAGCAUGUACGGACACGUGAAGAAACUGGCCGACGAAAUUGCGGCCUCCAUGAAGGAGGAGGGCGUGUCCGUGGACCUUUUCCAAGCCCCAGAGCUCCUGGGCAACGAGGCGCUGAAGAAGAUGGGUGCCCCUGCGAAGCCCUCGGACCCUGUCAUGGAUCACUCCACGGUGCAGAAGCUGGCCGACUAUGAUGGGAUCCUCUUUGGUCUCCCCACGCGCUUUGGAAGCGCAGCAGCUCAGAUGAAGGCCUUCUUUGACAGCACGGGCUCCCUCUGGCAGAGCGGGGCUUUGGCAGGGAAGUUGGCCGGGAGCUUCUGCAGCACUGGCACCCUUAACGGCGGGCAAGAGUCAACGCACAUGACCACUCUGACAAACAUGGUGCAUCACGGCAUGAUCUUCGUGCCUCUGGGCUACCAGGCAGGGGGCGAUGGACAGUUUGACAUGACUGAAAUCCACGGCGGCUCUCCAUGGGGCGCAA